AUGGAUGCUGAAUUAUUGUUGUUGCCCCAAGGAGAUGAGGGCACCGGGUUUCGAACGAAAAAUGCCCCUGGCGAGAGGUUCCGUCGCGUGCUCUUUGAUCGCGGCGACGCAUUGAUUGCGAAAGCGACAAUCAUCAGUAUAACACACGGUACUGUCAAGAAUGACGACCUUGCGACCCUUCUCGUCUUCGAAUUCCGCUUUGUGAGCAACAAUCGGUCGCGAAGAUUCAUCCGAAGCACCAUUACGAUUACGUUCGAAGACGCCACGAAAGGCCGAAACGUACCUCCUGAGGUUUAUCGCAUCGCCCCUGAAGGAAGGUGCGCCCUGAACAGGACUGAGACUAUGAGGAACACCAAGCAGACUGCGAAUGCCGGCGUUAAUACUGGGACGCUUCCCGGCGUCGGAGUGGACGUUGGCUACGUUUGGGAGGUGGAGAAAAGUGAGACACGCGAACAUUGGACCAUUUUCACAGGGAUGAAAAGACAGCUCGGAGACUGUAGGGAGGACAACGCAGUGAUCUGGUCUAUGGAAGAGAAUAACGAGAAGAAAGACGGCAUUCCAAGUUUUGUUCGGACCGCAGUUCUCCUCCGUCGCAAAGAGAACGAACCCUUCAGCUUCACCGUCAAGAUCCGCACCGAUGUCGACUUUGUCAGCGAAGUCAAAGCUCUCUUUGGCCUAGAGAAGGCGGAUACAAUUGAUCCGGUGGAGAUUGAUCCGGAGAUUGAUCCUGAAGAUCUGAGGGUGGAGAGUCUGGGGGCGGGCGGCGCCCAUCUGCCGGAUCUGGACUCUCUGGAUUUGGCUAAACAGGCCGCUGUGGAGGUUUUGACACUGCUGGAUGCAACUCACUAA